CAAACGGAAGUAAACAGAAACCACGUCCUGCUAGCCGUAGGUACACAUGAAGGGAACGAUUAAGUCAAUUGUCAUAUAAUAGAUAAAAUACCUUAGUUAGUCGUACAGUCUUUGUUAUUAGGUUUUAGAGCCUUACAUCAUUUCUGCCUAACGAUACACUCAAGAUUUGCACUGGGCUGGCUAAAUCAGCCAGAGAUGAAUGGACAAUCUGAUAGUGACGUGGAUUACAAGAGGAAAUAUAAAAACCUUAAGCGAAAGUUGAAAUUUUUGGUUUAUGAACAAGAAUGCUUUCAGGAAGAGUUGAGAAAAGCACAGAGGAAACUCUUAAAAGUAUCACGAGACAAAAGUUUUCUGUUGGACAGACUAUUGCAGUAUGAGAGGGUGGACGAUGAUUCUUCAGACUCUGAUGCCACAGCCUCCUCUGAGAACAGUGAGGGAGAGGGACUCCGAGAGAGAGAGAGGGAGGGAGUAAAGAAAAGGAGGAAUAGUCCUGUCGUUCCAGGUCUUCCGUCUUCUACGUCCUCCCACCUCUCUCUGCUCUCCCGGUCUGGUGCAAACACUCUCCCGUCCUCCACCUCCUCACAGUACCUCACCACACUACCCUUCCCGCCAGAGUAUUUGGCUCCCCCUGCUGAGCGAAUGAAGAAAGAGAGAAAAACAAAGACGCCCAAACACAAGAAAGACCCUGCAGGGAAGGUGGUUCCGGCAUUGGCCUCUAAUUACCCAUCAGCCCCUGGAGCAGCACCAGCGGCAGGCACGCCAUUCAGCUGGGUCCCUCGGCAGAUGCUCAGCGGAGACACGGCGGAGGAGGAGGGAGAUACCGAUGGAGACAGUGACAGAGGAGAGGAGGAGAGAGGGGAGGGAGAAGAGGCAGAUCUAGUUAUUGACAUUCCAAAUGAAUGAAGGUGGGGACGAAGGGGUGGCUGGAUGGAAUUUUUGUCAUUUUUGUGUGUGUGUGUGUGUGUGUUUUUUGUAU